AUGACGCUGGAUCUGCUCACGGGUAUCAUAGAGGACUUUCUCGAGAUUACAGCCACUACGACUGAUGCUGAGAUAACCAUGUUCACGUUCAACGUGCAUGCUGCCUCGUCCAUCACCGAUCCGGACGCCCCAGCACCGAACCUUGCGCAAGACCAGCUUCCUGAAGACGGGCAACUCCUUAGUGAUGUGUUGCAGGGUAAUCUUUCCGAUAACACCCUUACGCCAAACGCCUUGGGUGACCAACGCGCAAACUUAAACAGCUCGUGGUAUGACGUUGAUUGGUCUAACCGCCCAUUGAUUGGUUACUACGAUGACUCCAAAAAUGCCGAUGGACAGCUGUUCACACAAAGUGGAUGGCCUACAGAAGCUUUCAUGGAGUUCAAGCAGCUACUUCGGGUCGUCGUUAGUUACGGCACAAUCGAUCCGCAAAUGGACAAGUACAACUUCGGACCAGAUCUCGAAUACGUUUUCCCUCCCGGAACUAUCAUCGACGAGCAGUCGGUAUCGAUAGGCUCCGAUGGGCGUGUAACUUCUGGAUGCUUGUUUGCGUCUUCCGACAACACCUUGACUUCAACAAGAAACUCGUCUUGGGCUCUGGCCGAUGCACCAUCACUUGAUAUUAGCGCGACGCCGGACUUUCGGUCAACUAUACCUUCCAUUACCAAUCUUACCGCCUGCGGCAUCACACCGUUCCUCAAUCAAACCCUCGCAAACACAACUGCAGACAAGAAUCCUUUACCCUACGCCGCAUACGUACACUCAACACUAUGGACCUUCGCACCUGGCCAGCCUCUCAAUUCCUCUGGAGAAGGCGAUGACACAAACGACAACCGUUGCGUCGUCAUGAUGAAGUCGCCAUAUCCACAGCGCUGGCGCAUAGAAGACUGCAACCAACGCCAUCGCGUGGCCUGCCACGAUCCACGACAACCCUAUAAUUGGCGUGUAUCGGACGACUCAACCUACUACGCGAACGCUGAGGGCUACUGUCGGGACCCAUAUCAGUUCAGCGUACCUCACACCGCGCUGGAAAACUCACAUCUUUAUUCUGCCUGGCAAGCUGCCGCUCCUGAUGAAGAUGCGCUGUACAUCAAUAUGAACAGUCUGAGUGUGCCGGAUUGCUGGGUCAUUGGACUCAAUGCGACGUGUCCAUAUCUUCCUACUACUGACACCAAUCGUACGCGUAUUGUCGUUGUGCCGACAGUUGCGGCUGUAAUUAUCUUCUUGCUGGCUGUGCUUACCUUUUUCAUCAAAUGUGCAGCGAACCGGAGAGAGAACAAGAGAGGAAGAAAGAGAAGAUUAGUCGACGGUUGGGAGUACGAGGGUGUUCCUAGUUGA